AUGUCCAUUCAUGCCUUUAUCACUCUCGGUGAUUUUCAAAUGCAUAAUUAUCCAGAAAUAACAUCAGUGGAUUCAUCACCAGCCAAAAACUGGUCAAAUAUCGACCACUCUCAUCAAGAGUACUACUCCCUUUCGAAUAUUAUUAAUUUUAAUAGUAACACCUCGGAAACUUUUGCUGAUGCUCAUCAUCAAGAAUUUAAUUACCAUUAUCAUCAUCAUCAGGAAGAGAAUAAUUAUCAGUGUCGUACCACUCGUGCUAUUAAUAAGACCCGAAUCAUUCCCUUCACUGAUAAGGAUGGAAGCAUUAACAAUAGAAGUAAUAUAGGUAGCAUGGAAGAAUUUCCAUCAUCACCAUCAUCAUCAGCUCAUCUACAACCAAUCUCCUAUUUAUCAUCAUCAGAGAGUUGGAAUUAUUCAUCAUCAACAAUAUCAACUGAAGAAAAUUGCCUUGAUGACUAUAGAGUAGAAUCACCAACAAGUUAUUCUUACUCAACUAAUACCGAAGAAGAAGAAGACUGCAACGAUAGUUGUUUUGCAUCAUCAUCAACAUCAUUCUAUUAUACUACCAGUAACGAGAGUUUAUCUGCUGUUUCGUCAAUAGUUUCUCUUGAAGAAUUAAGUAAUACAAUGCCAAUUCAAAAGAAUAGUUCAAACUCCAACUUUGUACAAAGUGGUGACAGUUUUGAGGAUUUGUCAAUUCUCAACGAUUCAGAUAUCAUGGUUAGGGAAGAGGAAGAUUGGAUGUGUCUUCUUUUUCAAGAUGGAUUAAGAAUGAUUGAUAUUGAAUCGAGAGAAUGGAUUUUGGAACAAGUUGACUUUGAUCAAGAUUGGCAAUAUGUUGCUUGUUCGAAUGUCUAUUCAAAGAAAAAGUCAACCAACUCACAACUUGAAAGAACUAAUGUUUCAAUGAAUUUGAAGAAUUUGAAGGAUUAUAUUGAUUGGAAGGAGUGUAAACAAGUCACUCAUGUAAAUAAGUAUUCCAAGUUUGCCAAAACUGCUGGUAAUAUUCAAUAUUACAAACCAGCUCAACCAAUUGUGAAAAAGAGCAAACUAAGCAAGGGUGUAAUGGACUUUGUUUCGUCUGAGAAUUUUGGAAUGGCCACCAUGUUGGUUUGUCCUCCUUUAAUACUCGCUCAUUGGUAUGCUGUUUAUCAAAAGGAAAGUAUAGAAUUGAAUAGUGCCCAAUAUUUCGAAUCUGAAUGGGUAUUCAAUAAUAGAGAACAAUGCCUGGAAUCAGUUGCCAUUCUAAAGAGUUAUCCUAAAUACAUUCAAAAACAUAUCAACCGAUACAGUCAAGAAGAAUUAGACAAAGUCUUUCCAAAGAAAAUUAUUUCCAAGAGAAUUGCCUACGACUAUAUUCGAAAGCACGGAUUUAACAUUGAAAAAGUUGAAUCCAAAACUGGAUCUACCACUCCUACUUUCUGUAUCAAGUGUGGAUCUGAAAUUUUAAUCGAGUUCAUUUCCUCAUUCCAAUUUUGCCUUAACCUUAUCAAGUUGUUUACUUUCAUGUCAGUUUCAUUCAUUUCAAGAACUAUGGCUCUUUCAGUCAAUAUUCUGUAUGAACAAUUGAGACGUGUCAAUGAAGAAACUUCACACAAUGAGGAACCUUUACAAUCAUCACCAGAUGGAGAAGCCAUUCUUUAUCAUACAAAGUUAAUUUAUUCAUGUGAAUAA